ACCAUCUUUUCAUUUUUUCUCCUCUCGGUGGUGUGCAAUUUUUCGGUCGCGCAACUCUUGUCCAUUUAGUAAGGAAAUUUUUCGUUUUUAAGCAAAAUUAUUUGUUCAAAAUUUGUUUUCAACGCGUGAACGGGUUUUCGCAGUACUUGGUCGUGCUGAAAAUUGUGGAAUUUGGAACAGAUCGGUGAGGUGGUUGUGGAAAUUGUUUUUCUUAGUGGAAUAUUCCAUCCGGAGGAACAUGUCGGCCAAAGGACAGGAUAUCGCUGACAGCUGGGAGCAAAUUGACGAAGAGCGGUUGGCUUCUAAAUUGAGCAGACUGACAAGCGACGAAAAUCCGUCGUCCAGUUCACAGAGCGGCUCGAAGGCUGGGGUUGCUUCAAAGAACAGCUUACCGGCUAUGCUUGAUGAAGAGCUGCGGCCGCGGAUGAUUUUGCAAAGACCACAGCAGAUGCAGAUACUUCGGCGGCCGCAAGCAAAAGCACAAGAAGAGAAAGCUGCAGCCGAAAGUAAACCUAAGACUCAGCUCAAAUCAUUGGACCAGAGAAAGCAAGAAUAUGCUGAAGCACGCUUACGAAUACUAGGAUCUGCACACGACGAGGAAGAACAGCAACAGAAGCAAGUUGAGCAACCGAAGAAAGCAAGUCCAGUUAUUAAUGGAUACCGACAAAAUAGUGCUACCGCUACCGCUAGCAGUAGUAGCAGCUUUAACAACAAUUCUACCAGUGGUCCUAGCAACAGUAGUAAUCCAUCUGGUGCGGGCAGCAGUACUGGCGGAAAUGGUGGUGGCUUCAGUCGGUUAGAACGGCCUCAAGCAUUAUAUCGUACUUCAACGAAUUAUCAUAUGUCACCUUCUCAACCACAUCAACAACAACAAAAGCAACAUGUCAAUGCACCAUCGCCAUACUAUCAUCAGCAAGGUUACCUUUCUUCUGGCAGAAGUCCCUUGAUACCUGGAGAUCCCACCUCGAAUAACCAUUACUACCAUCAACAACAACCACCCCCGCCACCGCACCAGUUUCCACAGACAGGGCCAGGUUAUCACCAUUAUCCACCACAGCACCAUCAGCCGCACUCGACAACGGGGCCUUCGGGGAUCCAACAGCAACAUUCUAUGCCCAAUAAACAUCAGAUGGCUCCGCUCAACUAUGGUGCUGGUCACAUGAACAACAGCUAUCAGCAGCAUCUUCCUAAUCACCUCAAUCAGCAACAGCAUCUGUUAGCGGGUAUAGGAGCCGGUGGAAAUGGAGGUCCGCCGUCAUCACCCUACGCCGGAUCGUUUUCCGGUGGCCAUCAUCACAACAGUGUAAACAACAACGUACUGCGAUUGCCCGCCGGACCGGACGGGUCGCAUGGAUUUACUAUCAGGCGGUAGCUAGGCUCUUGAAUCGAACAACGCUAAGAAACCCGAAGAAACAUUAAGAAAAACACAGCAAAUGUUCAACUAAAGUUAUUAGGAAUGGAAUAAAAACAAAUACCUAUGAUGUCGCUAUAUAAAUCUGUUUUAUAUGUGUUAUACAUUGCACAGAAACAGUUUUUUUUCGUUGGGAAUGAAAUAAUAUUUUCAAUGCUUCAAGUUUUCUUUUUUUCACAAUGCCAACAAUAAUUAAAACAAUUGUAAAAUUCAAAUCGUUUUCUCCUAAAAUAGAAAGUUCGAGUUGAGUUUUGUAACGUAAACAUCUAUUUUUAUCGAUUACAAAAAAUGUACAUACGACAAAACAUACUUUAAAACAAAAAUCUAGAACUUUACAUCUUAUUAUAUACAAUUCGCAUGUAAUACGUGACGAACCAUGAUCUAUUAUGUGGAAGUAAAAAUACUCUGGUAAUUGAAAAAUAA